AUGCCGGCCCUUGGCGAAAGCCCACAAGUCCCAGAAUGCACGCGGGCGGGCCCGCCCCCCGCGCGCAGGCGCCCUGGCGCCGCAGGAUUUGAAUCGGCGGCGUUGUUAUUGACGCCAUAUUGGGGCCGGCGGCGGGUGGCAGAGUUGGGUCCGUGGAGAAGGAAGAGGGUCGAGAGCCUUGCCCAGCGCGCCGCGGCCGCAGCCGCCUCUCCGCAGAAGUAUCUCCGGAUGGAGCCUUCCCCGUUCGGCGACGUCUCCUCCCGCCUCACCACAGAACAAAUUCUGUACAACAUAAAACAGGAGUAUAAACGUAUGCAGAAGAGAAGACAUUUAGAAGCUAGUUUUCAGCAGACAGACCCAGGUUGUAGUUCUGAUUCACAGCCACAUGCAUUUCUCAUCAGUGGACCAGCAUCACCAGGGACUUCAUCUGCAACAUCCUCACCAUUAAAAAAAGAACAGCCCUUAUUUACUCUAAGGCAGGUUGGGAUGAUCUGUGAACGUUUAUUGAAAGAACGGGAAGAGAAAGUUCGAGAAGAAUAUGAAGAAAUACUGAACACAAAACUUGCAGAACAAUAUGAUGCAUUUGUCAAGUUUACGCAUGAUCAGAUAAUGCGGCGAUAUGGAGAACAGCCUGCUAGUUAUGUUUCAUGAAUCACGCUUUCUGCAUUUGUGGGCUGCCUUGUUCCUUGUUGAGUUGUUGCAGGAGGUCCCAACUAUGACAUGCAGCGAUGCCAGUACCCAUCUGUGAAUACAGGUUACUUCAAGCUUUCGUCAGUGGCAACCACUCUUAGGCAGCAGCAAUUGGUUUUGGAAAUUCCGUGAUGUCAUUACCACCUGGAUGUGGACCUUUGCUACUUGUAUUACUACCAGUGGCCUCGUUUUGCUGUAUCAUUACAAUUUGGCUUCUUUAUAUUAAUGUUUGAAAGGGAUUAAAGUUGGCAUCCUAGAACAUGCCCUUUACUGGUUAUGUAAAUAAAACUGUAGAAUGACACGUCAGAUGAAGUUAGUGUGAUUUUAAUUGUGCACUACAACCAAGCUGUAACCAGUUAUUAAUAAUUUAGAAUGUAAUCCCAGGACAAUUAAGCAGUUAGUCGACAGUACUUCUGUGAAAUAGUGGAGGAGGAGGAGGGCAUUUCUGUAUUUCAGGACUUUUCUUGGGGUUUCAGAAUGGGUUUAUAUGAUUUCCUUUAUUAUUAUUUUUUGGUAGUUUUAUUUAUUCUAUCAGUCUUUUUAACAAAUGUUUAUUGCUGCACCCCCUCCCCCAUUGUAUCAUUGUUUUACUGCCCUUGUAGCACUGGAGUUUAGUUGGAAAAAUAAAACAUUUACUUCUA